AUGAGUUCUCCUGUGUUUGCCGAGAGAUUUGGUACAGACUUCAGAAAGGAACUCGGCAGACGGCUGGCCUUCGGUAUCUUCUCCUCCUCUCGACGCUGUGGCGACUGCCCAUACCUGGCCGUGAAGAUCACCCCCGCGAUCCCCGUGGUGGGGGGCAUCCUGUUCUUCUUCGUCAUUGGGACCCUGCUCCGCACCAGCUUCAGUGACCCUGGCGUCCUCCCUCGAGCCACGCCUGAUGAAGCCGCUGACCUAGAAAGACAAAUAGAUAUCUCCAAUGGCACCAGUUCCGGGGGGUACCGCCCACCUCCCCGAACCAAAGAAGUCAUCAUCAACGGCCAGACCGUGAAACUUAAGUACUGUUUCACCUGCAAGAUUUUCCGGCCCCCUCGUGCCUCCCACUGUAGCCUCUGUGAUAACUGCGUAGAACGGUUUGAUCACCACUGUCCCUGGGUAGGCAACUGUGUGGGGAAAAGAAACUACAGAUUUUUUUUUAUGUUUAUUUUAUCUCUGUCUUUUCUGACAGUCUUUAUAUUUGCAUUCGUAAUCACCCACGUCAUCCUUCGCUCGCAGCAAACAGGAUUCCUCAAUGCUAUUAAGGACAGCCCUGCGAGUGUGCUGGAGGCGGUGGUGUGCUUCUUCUCCGUCUGGUCCAUCGUUGGUCUCUCAGGUUUCCACACGUACUUGAUCAGCUCCAACCAGACGACGAAUGAAGACAUUAAGGGAUCUUGGUCCAACAAGAGAGGGAAAGAGAAUUACAAUCCUUACAGCUAUGGGAACAUCUUCACCAACUGCUGUGCCGCCCUCUGUGGGCCCAUCUCGCCCAGCCUGAUCGACCGACGCGGGUACGUGCAGCCCGACACGCCGCAGCCGGCCCCGCCCUCCAACGGCGUCACCACGUACGGCGCCACGCAGUCGCAGAGCAACAUGUGUGACCAAGACCAGUGCAUUCAGAGCACCAAAUUCGUCUUGCAGGCCGCGGCCACGCCCCUGCUGCAGAGCGAGCCGAGCCUCACCAGCGACGAGCUGCACCUGCCCGGCAAGGCCAGCCUGGGCACGCCAUGCAGCAGCCUGACCCUGGGCCCGCCCACGCCACCCUCCUCCAUGCCCAACCUGGCCUCUGAGGCCGCCCUCACGGACCUGCUGCCCCUGAAGGAGGAGCGCACGGGCCACCAGUUCCUGACGCCCGACGAGGCCCCCUCCCCGCCCCGCCUGCUGGCGGCCGGCAGCCCGCUGACCCACAGCCGCACCAUGCACACCCUGGGCCUGGCCAGCCAGGACUCUCUGCACGAGGACUCCGUGCGUGGCCUGGUCAAGCUCAGCUCCGUGUGACACCCCCCGCAAGCCGCCCGAGCGAGCGACAGGCAGGGACGGUGGGCAGACGGACAGACGGCACGCUGAGACUCCCGCCGGCCAAGGGCAAGCGGGGAAAAUGACCACAACACGCUGGAAAGGGUCCGUCCAGGUCUGAUGGCGGCUGGGCAGGGCGGGACCCAGAAGUCUUCCAGACCUGGGGGUGGUUUCCGCCCCCACCCCGAUGGCUGGGAGAAGGAUGGACAGAGAGAAGAGGGUCUUUGUGGUGUUUGGGAUUGAAGGGUGGGCAGGGGCGGGUGGCCCUCCAGUCAUCUGUGGCACCCUCGUCCUUGGUCCUUGUGACAAGCGCGCCAGGCUUACGACGCUUGUUGCCGAUGGACGCGUACUUCCGUGUUAUGCUGCUCAUGCUCGCAGCAGACGACUGUUCUGCCGGGUGUGAGUUACCAGCGAGAACCGGCAGGGAAAGGGCGGACCAGCUGGGGCUGGCGUGCCUGCCGACCAUGCCUGCCGUCAGCCUGUAUGGAAACGGAAAUGCUGCUUACUGUUUUUUAAUUUUGUGACUCUCCAAGUGCUGUUUUAUUGGAAGACAGUGCCACAGGCCCGGACGAAUGGAGGAGGGACCCCGGCUAUGGUCAGCUCAGCUCCGUGAUGGUGAUGGGUGGUAUGGGGUGGUGCCCGGCUCCCUUGGGCCACUGAGCAUGGGUGGUGUCCAGUUUCACGUUAUCUUCUGUUUAGAUAAAGGCAUUGUGUCCCGCAGCCCUGGGGACCUGGCCUCCUGGGUGAUGAAACUUCCUGUGGACGUCCAAUAAAAUGACCUCUGUG